CUUGUUCUUAAAGCUUGCCUGCCCAGUGACUUCACACUUUACACUCAAUCACUCAAUCCAUUCAACUUUCAUCAAUCGCUCCAUUAACACCUGAAUCUAUCUGCCUAAGGCUUUAACCCUCCUCUUUCACUAUACCUACUUCAGCUCCGUAUCAUCUUCCAUUAUCACGCCUCACGUCUAUCCCGUCCACACUCUACACCACAUCACUAUCCAUCGAUAUCUGAAUUAAACCAAGACAAUCAAUCAUGGAGACCGUCAACAAAUACGUCAACGCUGCUUCGACCGCCAUCUGGGGCGAGCACGGCUCCUCAAGCACCCAGCAAAAUCUCCAACAUGGCGAGGAACCCAUCUCUGGUGUCCAGGGCAAAGGAGCUGCCACAGACCCCUAUGACGCCGGUAACCGCGAGGAACAACCCGGCGCAGUAAACGCCGACGGCAACACAGUCCCGCAAGAACCAAAUCUAGGCGGCAAACAACAGACUUUCGAAGAAGCAGCCGUAACAUCAGUUCCAGCCCCCGCCAAAUCCACCCUCGACAACAACAACACAACCGGUGUCAUCGACCCAAAUGCCAGCAUCGCCGAACCAAUUACUAGCAACAACACCAACACAACUUUGAGCACAGGCACAGGCGUCAUCGACCCUGACGCCAGUAUCGCCAAGCCACUUACUGGUAACAACACAUCCACCGCUGCCACCAGCGCCGAAGCUACACAACCUCUCCCAGGCCUAGGAGCAGGCAGUUCCUCUGAGCCCAGCAAUAGUACCGACAACACCACACCUACCAAGGAGCAGCGCAGUGCCUCUGAAACUCAGCAGGGUGGUAGCAGUAACAGUACCGGCAACGCUGUCGCCUCGGAAUCUGCACCCAAGGGUAACUCCCACUCUCACGCGAGCGAGGAGGCUCUCAGGGGUCCACAGGGCCCGGCACCUAAGUCUGCUGAGGAGUUCAUGAAAGAAACUAAGAGGAAGGGGUCCGUAGUUAAGGAGAUGGACAAUACGAAGAAGAGAACCUCAAGUGACUCCAAGCAUAGCAACAAGUCCGAACAUUCUUCCCAGGAUAGCGGGAAGAGUAACGGGAAGAACGGUGCCAUGUCGAAGAUGAAAGAGGAGAUUAAGAAGCAUCUCCACCAUUCAAGCAAAUAGGUGUAUCAUUGUUGUUUUCGGUACUAUCGAAAAGCAGCUGUGCCUUUGUCCUUGCUUUGAUUUUGGGGGGAUACAUAUGUUCACCCUGUGUAGGAUAAUUUUCUUUGGGAAUUUUAGUUGGACUUUUUCGGCUGUUUGAUAUCACUUGCGGGUGUGUUUCUUUGGCUUGUUUUAUCAUUAUCCAAUCACGUUUUCUUCUUCUGUACUCGUCUACUUCGUAUAUAUGAAUUGGAUAUUGCUAAUGGGAG